AUGUCUUCUUCAACAUCAUCACUGUUUGAGUCAUCAUCACUGGUUGAGUCAUCUAUCCAGCAGUUCAAUCAGCUAAUAUCAUCCGGCCGAUUGACAGCAUACCAAAAUGAGGUGGCGUUAGUUUUCUGGCAAUAUGAGCUUCGCCGACUCCGGCGUUGGGCAAACGAGGCAGAGUGGUGGUCUCUAUACCGACUGUGGGUGGCUCCGGGCAUUGAAGGCCAGCUCCUACGCAUCCUACGUCGACUGCACCAAGCUCUUGCCGAUAUUCAGGAUGUCUUGGAUAAUAAUACAGCUGAUGAGGCCAUUUCUGCCGAUACCAAUGACAAUGAGGUUGGCAGGACCAAAAUGCAAGUGAGUUAUCUUUCUCUACGUGAGACGAUCAACUGCUUGAACCAGAUAAUAGUCAUUAUCCAGCCUGCCCAUCGACCAUCCUUCGAUCCUACGAUGCUAAAGAAUGAAGCCCUCUUAUCCAUUCUACUACAGGUUCCUGAUCUCAGCAAGGACGAACCUGCGGCUCAGCAACUGUUGGCCUUGUGGUCACACUUGCUUACCACGCUGGCACCACUGUGUGACUGCCUCGUCAGAGAACCUCCCCCCGAUCGGGACACACUCAACUCACUGCACAGGAAAUUUACGGUGACAAUCCUAGCACAGAUGAGUCUGGCAAAGACCAUUGAAACCUCUGAUGAUGAUGGGUCGCAGGAUCUCCGUCAGGCAGUGAUCCGGAAAGCGCAGGAAUUGGUGUCCAAGGUUGGCCCGCUGAUUUUUUUUUAG